GUAGGUCAGCCUUCAACCAAAAUGGAGUUCUCGGAGUCCGUGCUGAAAGGGCUUCAAUAUUUGGCAGAUCCGGAGCACAUUGAUGUGAAAGCAUUCUCGACUUUGGUAGAUGUAGCAUUCGGUAGUUUACUCGCCUCCCACACCGACGAAGCGAUUUUAGAUGGUCCAGAAUUAAAACACAUUGACCAGACCUUGCUGAAGCACUGUCAUGUUGCUGCCACAACUUGCAUUCUGGAAAUUGCAAAGCAGAACACGGAUAAAUCAACUAUUUGCUCUUGUCUGGAAGAUAUUAAAUUUGAUGCCGAGAGAAUAGACAUAUUUUACACGUCAUAUCAGAAAAACAAACGUGAAUUGGGAAAUCUGUUGUCCGGUAUAGGCCGAUGUCCACCGCGUGUAUGUGAGGCUUCAUGGCGCCUGGAUUACCAAAUAAAGAACAGUCACAUGCACAAGGUUAACCAGCCGGCCUAUUUGAUUACUCUGAACGUCGAGAACGUUGGCGCAAGAUCGACAGAUGAUGUUCAAUUUAGUUGCACAAUGGAACAACUUCAGGAUCUUUUGGGAAAGCUGAAAGACGCGGCAAAGAGUUUGGACAAGGCCACACAGAUGUAAAGAAUGUUUGGGCUACUGCGACAGUAGACGUGCCAGUGGAAUCUGACUACACGUGACCCCUUACGACGAAGUUUUGAUGACAGGAAUCUUCGGUGGAUACUGAUUUGUUGCCCCUUUCUGCUUCUCUUUUUAAUGAAACGACAAAACAGACCACAUCAUUAAAGUAUGGGAAAGAGAACAUGUAAAAUGUCUUAUGAAUUAAACAUUCCUGUCUUAAAAACUACAUAUUUGACUUGUUCUACCAACUGUUUGCUUAUUGUUGAUGAAUGUUUGAAUUUUGUUUGUUUAAAAGUCACUGUAUGAAUAAUGAAACGCAAAAGCUCCAACUUUGAUGAUUCCUGCAUAUCGAUGUGCGUGUCGGUAAAGGCUUGCAUUUGUAGAAAAAUACAUGUAAUACACCAAUUGUAUAAUAAAAACAGUAAUCAGCCAGUAA